UUUGUUGUAUGAUGUUUAUCUAUGUGCAUGGCACCUCGAUUUGACAUCGGGUCUAUUUUUGUAUUGUAUUUUUUUAUUAACAAACAAUAUUACUAAAUGCUUGGUAUUGGAGAUAUUACAGUAUUUAUUAAUUUAUUUUUAAUUAUUUUUCUACUAAACGUCUACUAUAUCCUCUACUAAGAUGUGAAGUGCAUAAUUAAUUACCUGUAUUCUAUCUUUAGUGAGUAGGGCAUGUGUUUCAAGGACGAAAGAAGAUGGAAUGAAAAAAGAAUGAAGUCCCUGAAAACAUCACAGAAAGAUGUGGUCCGCCUACGCCAGAUUCAUUGCUCGGCAUACCUACCUAUAUCUUUUUAUCCUAACAGUUAUAUGCACAGUUCUCACCGUUAUUCCAUUGGUUUGCCACGAUCUUCCAUCGUUUUCCGAUCCUCUUGUCGGAUUCGAAACUCGUGGAACUGCACUAGCACAUCGAUUUAUGGCAUGGGAGAAUUUAAUAUAUGAGACCAGACCUUCACGAAAACUGGCCGUGAAUCCCAAAGAAAUAGAGGAUCAAAUACGCAUGAAUCAAACAUACUAUAAUAGAACACGCCAAGAUAUACCCCGUUCGGGACAUAAACGCCUAGGCAAAAAUAAAGGACACAAGAAAAAAAAGAAACCCAUUUCUAAUAGCACCGGCUUUGAAAAAACUUUAUUUAAUGCUUCCGAGUCUAACAUUACUAAUGGUCAUGUUCAUUGGGGAUUUGGAAUAAAUAUGACCCAUGAGGAUGAAAAUACUGCUAUCAACAAAGAUCAUAUACGUAAACAAUGGGUAUCCUUGAAAGAAAUGAGGCGUAAACCUGAUAAGCCCCUUCAUCACAACUAUGCAUCUGGAACAUGCGGAGCGCCUGUUUUUGAUUAUGCUCAUCUUGUUGUUGCAAAUAUAGAUAAUACAUCACUGUUAACGUUUGACAAUGUUGCCAAAAUAUGCAAGUUACAGUCAUUUCUUGUAGUUCUAGGCGGUAAUGAAUAUUAUAAAAUAUGUCAAAGAGUCUCAGACUCUCAUGAUAUUUGUUGUCCAGUAUGGAGUGUGCCAAAUUAUAUAGCUUUAAUAUCUGGAAAGAGUUCAUGUGAAAAUUUAACUAGGGAAGAUGUAAACAAGACUGUAACUAUAUUAAAAAAAUGUGCUGCUUACUUCCACAAUUUUUCCCUGAUGGCGUCAUGUGACCUGGAUCGUUGUAAAGUGCCAAAAUAUUGUUCACAACAUGAUGCUGUUUACAACAUGUUAUUCUAUUUGAUAGAUUCACAUGCAUUUACCCCCUCAGACUAUUCCCAAACAUUUGUUAAAUAUUCCAUGAUAUUCUUGCCACUGCCAUAUAGCAGUACCUCAUUACCUUACUAUGAAAAAUUACAAAGUUCAAAUUUGUCUUAUGAUACACUUAUUAUACCAGCCAUAGAUUUUGGGCUAAAAAAUGCACUUUUUGACUUGUGGAUAAUUCAAGAUACAUGGUUAAUAGGAUUAGGUGGUAUUUUUGUAUUUUUAUGUGUAUGGUUCUAUUGCAAAUCAUUGAUUCUCACUUUGCUGUUAUUUACAGCUAUAACUUAUUCUCUUGGUAUUGCAUACUUCUUGUAUAUUUAUGUGUUCAUUUUAGAGUUUUUUCCUUUUAUGAAUUUAUUAGUGAUAGUUGUUGUGAUAGGCAUUGGAGCUGAUGAUGCUUUUUUGUAUGUUAAAAUAUGGAAGAUGAUUAGUAAACAGCUCAUGAGGGAUAAUGUUGUCACACAGGACAACUGUUUAACUGAUAUUAAGAAUAUCUCCAGUGCUGGUGAGACAAUUCUAAUACAGAUACUUGAAGAAACAUUGAAACAUUCUAUUCUGACAAUGUUUAUAACUACAUUGACAACUGCUAUUGCAUUUUAUGCCUCCUAUGUAAGUUACAUACCUGCUAUAAACUGUUUCAGUGUUUUUGCAGGUACUGCCAUUCUUGUAAACUUUUUCCUAAUGAUUAGUUGGUUACCUGUAUCAGUAUUUAUAAUAGAUGUUAAAUUGUCUAUAAAUAAAGGUAAAUGUUUAAUUAAGAUGUAUAAAUGUAUUAAUGACAUUUGGGAAGAUAUCAGAGUUGUCUUGAAUAGAUUCAUUAUUGUAUGUGUUACAAAAUUUCAUGUUCUAUUUGCUGUAUUGUUGUGUGCUAUAGGGAUUUAUAGUGUUGUUAUAGUGUUUUUUUCCCCUGGACUUCAAUUACCAGAGUCCAAAGAAUUUCAACUUUUUCAAACUUCUCAUCCUUUUGAACAGUAUGAUAUAGAAUAUAGAGAUAAGUUUUUAUUUGAGAGAUUUGGUAAAGAUAUUGGGACUGGUAGCAAAAUGCCACUUAGAUGGAUAUGGGGUAUAAAGGCAAUUGACAAUGGGAAUCAUAUGGAUCCAUAUUCAACAGGACAUUUAGUUUUUGAUGAUAAGUUUUCUAUAUCAGAUCCUAAUUCUCAGAAAUGGUUGCUGGGAUUCUGUUCCAGAAUAAAAUCCCAACCAUUUUAUCAACAAACUUUGGGUCCUCUAUUACCCAACUGUUUUAUUGAAAGUUUUAAGAUGUUUAUGAGCAGACGAUGUAUUGAUGUUAUAGAUAAAAUAAAUAGGACUCCUUGCUGUGAGUCAUCUCGAUUUCCAUAUAAGAAAGAAGUAUUUAAUUAUUGUAUUAUAAAAGCUAUGGAGUCUUUAUACCAAACACCUCGUGAAAUUUUUAUGCCUGGAGUUGCAGGACCUAAAUUUCUUAGAACUGCUUCUCCAACUGUAGCAGCAAUCGUAAUAGAGUUUGAAAGUGUUGUUCCAUAUUCAAUGUCCUAUAUGGCCAUGAAUGAUUUCUUUCUUCGUGUCGAAAAUUGGACACAACAUGAGUUGAGGUCGGCUCCACCAGGCAUGACUUGCGGGUGGUUUCUCUCUGACUUACAAUUUUAUGACUUACAAACCACAUUAGCCAGUGGAACGGUAAUGGCUUUAUUGUUGUCUGCUAGUUUAGGGUUUGUCGUUCUCAUACCUGCUACUUUAAAUUUUGUGGUCAGCAUUUGUGCACUGUCUGCUAUGAUAUUUUCAUCUACUGUUACAAUAGCUAUUUUAGUUUUUAAUAAUUGGAAACUAAAUGUUUUAGAAAGUAUAGCCAUUUCAACAUCUGCUGGAUUAGCUGUUGACUUUAGUCUUCACUAUGCUUUAAGUUACACUAAUGCCAGUGGAGUAACGUCGGCUAGAGUGAAGUAUGCGCUUACAGCAUCUGCUGGUCCCACAGCUGCAGCUGCACUGACUACUGGUUUUGCAGGGAUAUUUCUUUUAUGGUCGAAUCUCUUACCUUACUCUCAAAUUGGUACAUUCCUUGCAUUAAUAAUGUCUGUAAGCUGGAUAUAUGCUACCUUCUAUCUUUGUUCUUUGCUCUAUAUUUUCGGACGCAAUUCUUCAAAAGAGCCUCCUAUUGAGGAUAGGAAAUCAGUCUCGCGAGUUAGUUCUAUAUGUUCAGGAGUACCAAAUUUAGAAAGUCACGAAUUAGAGCAUUUGGCUGAUAGCAAUCGCACGAAUCUUACACAUUCUCAGAGCCAUUCCAGUGUUAGCGGUACGACAGUUGUUUUACAUGAGGAUUAUGAUAACUCGCAUAUUAAGAUUGAUAAGAAAAGUAGUGAUAACAGUAACAUAGCAUGUAACAAGGACUGAAUGUUUAGAUGUAGUUAGUCUUAAGUAGAUUCACAUUUUGAAUUUUUUUUUUAUAUUGUUGCAGUAUUAUUAAUUACUUUGUAUGAAUUGAUCUCAUGACAGGAUUAUUUAUUUAAUCAAGUACUUAUUUUAUACAAUUUAUUUUUGUGCCUGUGAUGAUGUACUUAAUUACGUCUUAGUUUUUUUUUAAAUCUGAUAAAAUCUCAUAUGUAAGAAAUGAUUAUUGAGACAAUAAUUAUCACAUAAAUACUUCACAAUCGACAAUAUAAGAUCUAAACGAGCUUAGCUUGAACAUUGACCCUCUCUUAAUUUUAUCAUAUAGAUUUAAGUUUGUUGUUAUAUAUAGGUGGAUUUGGUAUUAAUUCUGCGAACAGCUUAAAUGUUAUGUGUUAAAUGCUACUUAACAGCAUUUUAGUGUAAUUAAUCAAGCAUCAGUACACAAUUUGUUGUUACUUUUGUAUUGUAUUUUCUAAGUAUUAAUUUUCAUUUACUUAAUCAUUAUUAUAAAUUUAAGUAAUUCUUGUCAAUUCAUUGUCACAAUGAAAUUAAUUUGUAUUACUGUCUACACCACCCAAUUUAGGUGGUGUAAAGUGUGUACUUAAAACUAAACCAUUGAAAGAGGUAAAAUAGUUUCUUCAGGGUGGGCAACGCGCGCGUAUGGCCCAUGGUAUUGCAAAUAUGGUAAUCGCUUACCAUCAGGUGGGUGUGUGCUUAUCUCUCACUUCAGUGGUAUGAAAAAUAAAAUGUCUGUAUAUACCCAUUUCAACUCAUUAUAUGAGUAAUAUUUAUCAGAAGAUACAAUAAAAUAAAAUUAAAAAGUAUAGGUAACUAAUUAGGUACAUACAAAAACUUAAAAAAUUUGGAGAUACUUAUUAAAUAUACAAAAAUAUUUUAUUUUAAAGUAACAAAAUGCUUUGCACAAUUUUUUUGUAUAUAAAAAUACCUACCUAUUUAGGUAAUUUUUAUUUAUCUACUAAACAGUAUUUUUCAGUUUAUAUUUUUAUAUGUUGUAUGUAGAUUGGAUAUUACUAGUAAGUAUCUACUUUGUGUAAUUAUUGAUAUUAAAUGAACUAUAUCUAUUUUCA